GAAUGACUUUCUUCCAUUUUUGUAAUUGUCUUAUACUUGCUUAUGCUCCAUAUUUUAUUGUUUAUAAAUAUUCAGCACUUUCUGAAUAUUCCAAUAUUUGGAAAUGUGGUCAAGCAGCUCUAGCUUAUUUACUUACUCAAUUCAUUAAAAUGCUUACUUUGGCUACAUUUUAUCCUGUUCUGGAUUCUGCGGAAUUUAAUCCAACUUAUGAAACAAUGAAAAGUGCAGUUGAUGUAAUGGAUAUAAUUGGUCUCCAUUUUACAAUGACCUACUCAGGAAAAGGACAAGUUAGAAUGCUUAGUGCAGGUCUUGGUUGGGCUGCUGCGCAUGCUGCUUUGAAUUAUUUUGUAUUUUUAUUGGUUGGAGCUAGAGCGGCUGGUUUUUCUUGGCGUUAUUUACAAACAGCUUUUGAAUCGAAUAUUUAUUUGGCUUUCUAUAUGUGUUUGGCAACACUUGUUUGGGUAUACAAUCGACAAAAUCAAACUUUGUUUUAUCGACGAUUGGCUUCAUUAUUGCUGCUUUAUUGUAUUGGACACUCGUUGAUAAUACAGCUCCUUUCAAUUAAAUUUACUUUAUAUUCCUGGCAUUUAUUAGCAACAAAGGCAGCGUUAACUUUUGUUCUUUUUGUUUUUACUUUAAUUGUUUAUUCAAAUGUUGGAAUAACAGAAAAAUCUUCGACAUCAACAAAUAGACAUUAUGAAUAA